CAGAAAUAGACGGCGUCAGUAUACAGUUCUCAGUUCCAAAGAAUAUUUCAAAGCGAUCGGACGCAACUUGAGCACAACUUAAACAUUUGCAAACAUCUGGAGGGGAAAUCUGACCAUGAAGUUGUUCCUGUUCUGGUGCGCAUUUGGCGUGCUCGCCAAUGCUGGAUGUGGAGGAGCCUUUCAAGGAACCAUCGACAUUAUUCGGGUGAUUCGGGAGCUGACGGAGACCAUCCUCAAGUCGUGGGAACUGAUUGACAAGCUACCUGCGGUAGCGGAAGUCACAGCGGGGGCGCUGAUCUACGCCAAUCAACGCCGGAUGAUAGAGAAAAUAGAGGCUGUGAAUGGGAAUAUCCGGGAUCUGGAGGAGCAGCAGGCCAGGAACACGGCCCUGACCAUCGAGACGCUGCUAAGGGAGAUGCAGGAUAGGUCACAGCUGCUUCACCGACUCAACCAGCUGAAGGACCUCAUCAAGUACAUUGAUCUCCGCUACGAUCAACUGGAGGGCUACGAGCAGCACAAGGAUACGCUGGAGCCGAUCACACUGGUGAAAUUCGCCAAGUGGAACGUGGAUCCGGGCUCCAAUUCGCUGUCCUGGCUGCUGCAACUGCUCCACGACUAUCUCUACUCGGGUGACUCCCUGGCUCCCGACCAGACCCGCACACACUCCCUGCUCUGGGAGCUAAGCGUCAGCUUUGAGACCUCGCCGGAGCAGAUGUGCCUGGCCAGGCAGUCCGCCCAGCAGUUCGCCUUUCAGCUCUUCACCAAGGCAGCUUUGACGGAGCUGAAGGGCUACAGCAUGAUGGAGUUCUGCUGGAUGGUGCUGCGCCAGCAUGGACGGGGCAACUUCACCGAGGAGCUGCUGCUGAUGCGAGAGAGCCACCAGAAACGCAUCCAGCAUGCCCAGCAGGUGCUCCAGAAAGUGUUGUCCCAAAGCAGCCGCCUGUACUGGCGCUGCGAUCCCCGAAAAGAUGGCCAUGUGGAGGGCAAAACCUAUGACCGCGUCACGCGCCUCCUGCAGGGCUACGUGGAGAACGAGAUCAACCUGAACCAGGAGCAAAACUGCUGGAGCAAGUGCGGCGACUUCCACGACAGCCGCUCGUUUGGUUGCUAUCAGCCGGAGGAGGAGCUCUGUGGCCAGCAGCCCGCCUGCAGAGGCAGGCUCUACAACUGCGACUUCGUCGAGUCGGACAUGUCGAUCUGCAUGUCGCCCAACAGCUCCUCACGGCGCUACGAGCACAUAGCAUUCAAUGAUGAGCCCGGAAAGGAGUGCCAUUCUAAGGUGAAGCAGGCCUCAUCCUGGUCCCGCUGGCUAAUCAUGCGCUGCCACUACUGCUUCUGCCUGUGCGAUGAGUCAGGACCACUGUCCGAUCGCUACUUCAACCUGCGCGACUCCCUGUCGCAGUUCGAGCAGAACAUGGUAGUGACGGGCGUGCGGUUUGUGAAGGUUAACCGCGUGUUCCACCUGCAACUGCAGCAGGGUGAGCUCCUGCCCCGCGGAUCCAUCAAUGUCAGCUCUCUGGAAUGGCAGCCGGUACAAGCGUACAACUUGAGUGACGUGGACAUUCGCGAUGGCUAUGACUUCCAUACCCUGAGCGUGGACAGCCGGGCCAUUGAUCUGGACGAGAUUUCGGCCAACUCAACGGACCAAGUGGUGACCGGAGUGCGUUUCCGGAUCUUCAACAAACACCUGAACCUGGAGGUGCGCUUCAGUUACUUCAAUUUCUCCACCGGUGGUUUGAUUGAGCCACAAACCAACAGCUAUUGGCUGGGCAACAAUAAGUCCCACAUGGAGGGGGACCGCAAGAAACUGAUUUUAAAGGAGAGCGAUCUGCCCACCGCAUCGGACUUGCCCUCGCUUCCGCUCUCCAGUGAUGACCAGUUCAUGGAGUUUGUCAGUUCCAGUCGGCAGAAGGAUGCCGCCCAGAACACUUUGCCGUUUGUGGAUGUGCAGGAGGUGGUGCCGCAUCCGCCAGUUCCGCUCGCCGGAUUGGGAAUCUACCACAAGGGGCGACCUGGCUACGGAGGCUUCUUUGCCCCCAAGGUGCUAACAUUUGAUUUGACCAAGAUCGUUGGGGACGCACUUACCCAAAAAUAAUGGAGAAGGAUAACUUGCCAAGUGCUUUUUACUUAAACCAAUAUGUGUGCCAAAAAAGAAAACUUGGAAUUAGAUAUUUAACGUUCCUAAAAAAGAAACGUGAAGAAAAGCAGGUAUAAUUUAAAACAUAAUAGUUCUUGAUUAUUUUCUAUCGUACAGUUACAUAUAUACAAAUUAUAAAAAAGCAAUGAGCUUGUAAAUCGACUAUCAAAUUACAUUUUGAAGCUUAAUUUAGAAAUGUUCUUAUAAUUUAAAUGCAGCCUUUUAUUUAAUCGGGAAGAAAUUAGAGCUGUAAACGUUUCACAAAAUUAAACACAUUGCUUAUUUGUUCUUGUUAUUACGAUACACAAAAACUGUCUCGAAUACUUUCAAUUAUGUAAACAAUAAUCCGAUCAGGUGACGAAUACUUAUGUUUGUACAAAUAGAAUCGAAAGACCAAGGUUUUGAGAAUUGAACUGUGAACAUAAUCCAAAAAUAUACGUUCCCAAUUGGCUACCUAUUUUAAGUUUCAUAUAAAUAUCUACCAAAUUCAUGUAUAUCCUAAACGUAUUAAGUUUUUGAAUAUAUAAUAAAUAAAAAAAACCAUUUUAAAAA